AUGGCCAACGUCAACAUUCGUCGGGAUGUCCAGGAUCCCUUCUACCGCUACAAGAUGGAGCGUAUCCAGUCCAAGGUAGAAGGAAAGGGUAACGGUAUCAAGACCGUCGUGGUCAACCUUGCCAAUGUCGCCUACCAGCUCGCCCGCCCGCCAAGCUAUGUCAUCAAAUACUUUGGGUUCGAGCUCGGCGCCCAGACCAACAUCGACCCCAAGGACGACCGCUGGAUCAUCAACGGUUCUCACGAGGCGACCAAGUUGCAAGACUACCUUGAUGGCUUCAUCAACAAGUUUGUCCUCUGCAAGGACUGCAAGAACCCCGAGACUGUCGUCAACGUCAAAGACAACGACAUUCUUCUCGACUGCAAGGCUUGCGGAAAGAUCACCAAGGCCGACUCGCGCCACAAGCUGGGCGGUUUUAUCCUCAAGUCCCAGCCAAAGAAGGGCAAGAAGGACAAGUCGACCAAGAAGGCUGAUCGCAAAGCCCGCAAGGAAGCUGAGCGUAACGGCAAUGCCGAUGACGAUGACAGCAACGGCGGCGAUCCAAGCCCUGGCGACAGUGGCUCUGAUCGUGGUGCUGAGGACAACGGCGAUGUCGAUGGCGGCAGUGACGACGAACUUACCCGCAAGAUCAACGCUGAGGCUAGGGAGCUCAACGUGCCCGAGCGGGAGAAGGAAGUCGAGUGGUCUGUGGACAUGUCUGAAGAGGCCAUCAAGGCUCGCGCCAAAGCCCUGCCAGACGACCUCAAGGCAAGCUUGGUCAUCGAGAACGGCGAUGAUGAAGAUGGCGAGGGAGGCCCAAAUGCAUACGACGAGCUCGGCAAGUGGAUCGAAGAGAAGGCUAAAGAGGAGGGAAGUGUCACCAAGGUCAAGGAUGUGGACAUAUACCUCAAGGCAAAGGAGCUGGGUGUCGAGUCCAAGCACAAGACCCUGGCUGUCCUUGCUCAGUGCAUCUUCGAUGACCAGAUUGUCAAAGAGAUCGAGCCUCGUGCCGCUAUGCUCAAGAAGAUGAUCACUUCUGACAAGCAUGAGAAAGCUUUCCUCGGUGGCUUUGAGCGCUUCGUUGGCAUCGACAAGCCAAACCUCAUCCCAACUAUUAGCGCCGUCUUGCUCAAGAUCUACGAGAAUGAUCUCGUCUCCGAGGAGCAGCUCAAGGCUUGGGGUGGCAAAGCCAGCAAGAAGUACGUCGACAUCUCCACUUCCCGCAAGGUUCGCAAGAGCGCCGAGAAGUUCAUCGAGUGGCUCGAGAACGCCGAGAGCGAUGAGUCUGAGGAGGAUGAGGAGUAG